AUGAACGUCCGUCAAGCAACCCAUGCUGGUUCUUGGUACAGCAGUGAUCCAAGGACACUUAAGUUACAGAUCCAAACUUUGAUACUGGCAGCACAAAAAUCAGGCAAUAAAUCAGUAAAUGGGGCGAGAAUCUUGAUUGGCCCUCAUGCGGGAUACACCUAUUCCGGAGAAAGAUUAGGUGAAGCCUUCAACGUAUGGGAUACGUCGACUGUCAAAAGAAUAUUCUUAUUAGGGCCUUCACAUCAUGUAUACUUUAAAGACAAAGCCUUGCUUUCGCCAUUUGAUUUUUAUGAAACUCCCUUGGGAGAUAUACCUAUUGACAGAGAAACAAUAGAUGACUUGCUUAAGAAAAGGUUCAAAAAGAAACAUGGCCAGACUGUUUUUAAAUUAAUGUCUGAGGAUGUUGAUGAAGAUGAACAUUCAUUUGAAAUGCACGCACCAUUCAUUUACCACCAAGGGCAGAAGUCUAAACAUGGUGUGCCUAAAAUUGUUCCAAUACUUAUCAGCGGAAUGGACUCGGAUCUCCAAAGUGAGUUGGUAGAUGCCUUAUUUCCCUACGUCCAAAAUGAAGAGAAUCACUUUAUCAUUAGUUCAGAUUUUUGCCACUGGGGUUCGAGAUUUGGAUACACCAAGGUCUUAACGACUAAAAAUGCCACUUUAGAUAGCUUGGAGUCAGAUCUCUACUCAUUGAGAUUCUCAUCCGCACUGAAGGAUAUUCCUGUUUACGAGUCAAUUGAAGUGUUGGAUCGCAUGGCUCUCCAGAUCGCUUCAAAGGGAUCAGCAGCCGAAUGGAAGGAAUAUAUCCGUAUCUCUGGCAACACUAUUUGUGGUCAAAAACCAAUAGCUGUGAUUUUACAACUUUUGGAACAAUACCGCUCAAACAAAGGUGAAGAUGUUUUCAAUUGGCUCGGGUAUUCACAGAGUAACCCCGCAAAGUCUUCAAAAGAUAGCAGUGUCUCCUACGCUGCAGGAUAUGUCAAGUUAUGA